AUGUUUGCUGAAACUUGGAGGGGCAAAGGUCCACAGGAGGUGUCCCUGUUUUAUAUCCUCUCUGUAGAGAUCUACGGCUCAAGGAAAUUACAUUUUUUUUCAGGUUCUGGUGGUGAUGUCUCCAGUGGGAGUCUGCCUGGAGCCAAACCUCUCAAACCACCUGGUGUCCCCAGAGGUGACACACCGGGUGAAGGAGAUGGAGAAGGAGGUCCUGAUGGAGAGAGAGGUGGUUCAAGAGGCAUAGGCGGAGGACCCGGAGGAGUAGGAGGGGGUCCAACCAGUGCAGGAGGUGCCGGAGGAGUGUCAGGUGGUGUAACAGGAGUGGGAAGAGGAGACAGUCCUGCUACUGGAACUGGAGUUGGACCAGGUGCAAUUGGUGGAGUAGGAGGAACACCAAAACCACCCAAAGGUGCCAUUUUUGCCAUCUGA